AUGGGCAUACUCCAACAAUGGCGAGAUGGCUUUAAGCCCGCUGAAACAGGGUAUGGCAAAGACGUAAAUUACACGGGUGAUUUCGUGGGCCCACUCGGCGAGAAGCCAGACAUACUUGGUGAUGACGAGUACGCAAACACGACCUCUGUGGUCCAAGCGGAUGAUGGACACGUCGAGUAUGUGCCUCAAAGGUCACCUUUGAAGCGCAGGCUUGAAGGACGGCAUAUCCAGUUUAUUGCACUAGGGGGUGGUAUUGGAACUGGUCUAUUCAUCGGAUCAGGCCAUACGCUCAACACGGGCGGCCCCGCCUUUCUGGUAGUGGACUUUAUCAUUGUCAGUGUUAUGCUUAUCUGCAUGGUUUUUGCCCUUGGUGAACUUGCAGCAGUACUUCCUGUCUCGGGUGCUUUCUCGACCUACGCAUCGCGAUUUGUGGACCAUUCGUGGGGUUUUGCCGUCGGAUGGAUUUAUUACCUGCAAUGGCUUGUCAUUGCGCCACUUGAAUUUACCGCAUCUGUUAUCAUCAUCGAAUAUUGGGAUACCCGAGGAAUUUGGAUCAUGAUAUUCAUAUUGGUACUCACUGCCAUCAAUUUCUUUGGUGUACGAGGCUACGCCGAAUUCGAGUUUUGUGCAACGUUCCUCAAAGUGAUUACGGUCAUUAUUCUCAUUAUUGUGCUUAUUGUUAUUGAUUGCGGUGGUUCGCCUAGUGGUAAUUACCUAGGUGCGCAUACUUGGCACGAUCCCGGACCCAUCAAUAAUGGAUUCAAGGGUUUCUGCAGUGUUUUCACGACAGCUGCCUUUGCUUUUGCGGGAACGGAGCUGGUUGGUCUCGCUGCUGCCGAGACCAAGGAGCCGCGUAAAGUGUUGCCGAAAGCUGCAACACAAAUUGUGUUCCGUAUUGUUGUCUUUUACGUCUUGUCGCUUUUCCUGGUUUCCUUGGUGGUGCCGUACGAUGAUCCUGCACUUACUGGUGGUUCGAGCAGCUAUGAUCCCAGGCAAUCACCGUUUGUCGUUGCGGUCAACAUUGGUGGACUGAAGAACUUGGCCCAUUUUGUGAACGCCAUCAUUAUUGUCUCUACGCUGUCUGUCGCCAACUCUGCCAUCUAUGCUGGAAGCAGAACACUCCAAGCACUUGCAGAGCACGGCCAUGCACCUAAGGUGUUCAAGUACGUGGACCGCGAAGGCCGGCCGUUGUACGCAGUUAUUCUUUCGCUCGCUUUUGGUGCACUUGCAUUCGUCAUGUACGCUGGGACGGACACGGAAGAAACGGUUUUCGCAUGGCUGCUCGGUAUCUCUGGUUUGUCGAACAUUUUUUCGUGGGCCUCGAUUUGCCUUUGUCAUAUACGUUUUCGCGCUGCUUGGCGCAAACAGGGUUAUACUCUCCGACAGCUUCCAUGGAAAUCUCCGCUUGGUGUGUACGGCUCCAUUGUGGGUCUCGUUAUUAAUAUCCUGGUGAUUGCUGCCAAUGUGUACGUCUCGGCAUUUCCACCUGGUGAAGGCACAAUGACGCCGCACGACCGAGCGUUCAACUUCUUUGAAAAUUCGUUGUCUUUGCCUGUCAUUAUUGUUUUCUACGUCGUGCAUAAGAUCAUCUACCGCAGUCCGUUUGCGCGCACCGAAAACAUGGACAUCCACACCGGCCGACGCGAAGAAGUGGAUGAGGAACUGUUGGAGCAAGAACGUGCUGAAGCGCGUGCUCGUCCUCUUGCGAAAAAGAUAUUCGGAUUCGUCUUUUAG